AUGGCAUCCCACAUGCGCCUGCCAGCCGGUGCCUGUUUAUGCUGUUGGCUUUUGCUUUUCAAAGUCGUUUCCAGCGAGCAUGCUGAUGAUUUCGACUCAAAUGCCCUGCUCUCCGUCGGGAUGCCCAAGCAAAUGGAUUUGCAAGCAGAUUCAGGUCACUACGCCUACCUGCUGCGCUGCGCUCAGGCCCCUGCUGGCGACGAGGCAUGCUACGACACAAGUCCUCCGGAGGAGUUUACUGUGAGGUUCUGGCUGUGGGAUGGGCGGAGCUUCCGGGUACGGAGCUACAGCCACUGGGCGCCAGUCUUCGCACAGCGCUUUUGGCAGUUGUCCAAUUUGAACUGGUGGCGAGGAGUGGCCAUCUACCGGAACGACUAUGUCAAUGAGAGUUUCCGCUUCGUGAGCCAGUGGGGGUUGGUGGGCUCUCCUGCCGUCAAUGACGCCUGGACCAAGUGGAAGACCAGCAACCAGACAUCGCCAGCCCUCAAGUCCAACACACGAGGUAAGAUCAGCUUCUCCAUGGGAGCCGUCGAGUGCACAGCUGGACCGGAUGACCCUUGCCAAGCUCUUCGCCCAAACUGUACAGCAGAAGACUAUUGCGCGUUGGGCUUCUCAACGGAGAUCUAUGUGAACUUCGCAGACAACUCUAGAUUGGAUGAACAUGGCUUUGCCCCCAUUGGCGAGGUGGAUGAUGAGGGGAUGCUCGUUCUUGACGACUUGGGCAGAACUCUUGGCAACCUUUACGGCGAGGUGCAGGAUUUAUGUCCGCCUACGCCGCCUGGGAAGUACUGCGUGUACCGCGAUGGAGAGCGAGCUGGAGUGAACGAAACCAAGUUUCAUCAAGAAGGUAACCGAUAUAUUUGGAAAGACUUCCCAGAAAUGUUCCGGCUGCGGAUUGCUUCUGCGCGCGUGGAAAGAUGGUACGCAGCCUAA